GGCUGCUCUGCCUUUCAUACAAACACAUCGUCGCAGGCACUAAUUAGCCCUAGUACAGUAAUUAUUAACGAAAGCUGCUUUCGGCGCAAGUUGUAACUUUUAAAUCAGAGAGGAGACUUCGGUGCGGCGCGUGGCUGGAGGGAACGUGCACACAGAAAACUGACAACUACAAUCUGAGAUUUGCACGGUUGUAACUGCAGCAGCCAAGUUGCAGGCAGAGCAGCGUUAUUCAGCCGAGGCUUGGACUAACUGCACAUCACACCGGAGUGUCUCUUCGUUGCUUCUAAGAACAAGGAUGAACAAGAGAAACUGAGGUGGAGCAGCUCAAGUAUUGUGGCUCUGGUCUGAUAAAUGUCAACCUGCCCUGAUAUUUGUAUGGGUCUUUCUCCUCAACCAAAGAUCUCCCCUGGCGGACUGAACAAACCAGUCGACUCUAACAGAGCUACGUCUGUCCUCAGUCUACUUGUGGUCUGACGGCACUCACCAACAUCAAAGGAGCAGAGCCCCAGUAACGCCACAUCCCUGGCCAUGAUGCAGGAGCCACAGGAGAUGGUGGAGGAGACGGUCACCAUAGAGGAAGACCCAGGAACCCCCACCUCCCACGUCUCGGUGGUCACCUCUGAUGAUGGCACCACACGGCGCACAGAAACCAAGGAUGUGUCAACUAACGUGAAGGUGACUAAGAUGGUGAAGACGGUGACCACACGGACAGUGCGACAGGUGCCCCUCGGCCCGGAUGGCUUGCCCCUGCCUGAGGGUUCGUCCCCACUGGGCAACUACACCGACUCCAUCGACCGGCGCUACUUGAAGAAUGGAGGUGACCGCUUCAUCACACCCCAAGCGACCUCCACCUUGACACGCUCCUACAACAACUCCUACAAUGAUUCCUACGGUGAGACACCCGAGAGCCAGUACGUUCGCCACUACGGUCUGCACGAUGGCUACGCCGAUCUGACAGACAACUACGGCAGCCUGUCACGCGGUGUCAACUUCCGGCCGCCCCGCUACCCCUACCUGCCCAACAGCUACCGACCGGAGAACAGCUACACGCUGCCUAUUCGCAAGGAUGACUAUGGCCAUGUGGCCCAGCCCCAGGUGCCUAUGGGUAGCAGCACUGUGGAUCUGAACCGCUCACAGCCAGAGCGCUUCCAGGCCGAGCCAUAUGGCCUGGAGGAUGAUCGCCGCAGCUUGGGCCCUGAGGAGGAGGAGCCCUACGAGCUUGAGCCCGACUACUCCACUGCCAACCGACGCACCCUACAGGGGGCCAACCGGGGUCGCACCCACCGGGAACCUCUUCGUGACGGACCCCGAGUCAGAGCGUACCCAGACGACCCCAUUGAGGCAGAGCUGAUUGAUGAGCGCCACCCUUACAUCCAUGGCAUGUAUUCAGCGCCGCUGGCCCAGCCGGAGAGGGGCAGCAUGGCCAGUCUGGACCGCAUGGGUGGCCGGCGUUCACCCUCCAUUGACAGCAUCCGCAAGGACCCACGCUGGCGUGACCCAGACCUUCCUGAGGUCAUUGCCAUGUUGGGCCACCCAAUCGACCCCGUCAAGUCCAACGCUGCCGCCUACCUGCAGCACCUGUGCUAUGAAAACGACAAAAUCAAGAAGGAUGUGCGUCAGCUGAAGGGGAUUCCUGUUCUGGUGGGGCUCCUGGACCACCCUAAAUCUGAAGUCCACCGUAAGGCUUGUGGUGCCCUGCGCAACAUCUCCUACGGCAAGGACAAUGACAACAAGGUGGCCAUCAAGAACUGUGAUGGCAUCCCAGCCCUCAUCCGCCUGCUGAGGAAGACCAAUGACAUGGAGGUUCGCGAGCUCAUCACUGGAACUCUGUGGAAUCUGUCGUCCUAUGAACCCCUGAAGAUGGUGAUCAUCAACCACGGCCUGCAGACCAUGACCAACGAGGUCAUUAUCCCCCACUCGGGCUGGGAGCACGAGCCAAAUGAGGACUCCAAGCCCCGCGACGCUGAGUGGACCACUGUCUUCAAGAACACCUCCGGCUGCCUGAGAAAUGUGAGCUCAGACGGGGCAGAGGCUCGGCGCAGACUGAGGGAAUGUGAGGGAUUGGUGGACGCCCUGCUGCACGCCCUUCAAUCAGCUGUAGGGAAGAAAGAUAUGGACAAUAAGUCUGUGGAGAACUGUGUCUGUAUCAUGAGGAACCUUUCCUACCACGUCCACAAAGAGGUGCCGGGGGCCGAAAAGUUCCAGGAUCCAUCAGCACCACAGGCCCCCGGCUCAGCAGGACCACAGAGGAAGAAGAAGGAUGACGCUGGCUGCUUUGGAGGCAAGAAGGCCAAAGGCAGAAAAAACGGUGAGAACGACAAAAACUACGACACAUUGGAUCUGCCCAAGCGCACAGAGCCGUCAAAAGGCUUUGAGCUGCUGUAUCAGCCGGAAGUUGUGAGGCUCUACCUAUCUCUGCUGACAGAGAGCCAGAACUACAACACCCUGGAGGCCGCUGCUGGGGCUCUGCAAAACCUCAGCGCUGGACAGUGGACUUGGUCCAACUACAUCCGAGCCACGGUGCGUAAGGAGAAAGGUCUUCCCAUCCUGGUGGAGCUGCUGCGCUCCGACUCUGACAAGGUGGUCCGAGCUGUGGCCAUCGCCCUGCGCAACCUCUCCAUUGACCGCCGCAACAAGGACCUGAUUGGAAGUUACGCCAUGCGGGACUUGGUCAGUAACCUACCCAGCGGUCAGCAGCGGCCAGCCAAGAACCUGGAGGAGGACACUGUGGUCGCCAUCCUCAACACCAUCCAUGAGAUUGUCACCGACAGCUCUGAAAACGCCCGCUCCCUCAUCCAGGCCCAGGCCAUCGAGAAGCUGGUCGCCAUCAACAGGACCAGCCAAUCAGCUCGAGAAACGAAGGCGGCAUCCCACGUGCUGCAGACGGUGUGGAGUUAUAAGGAGCUGAGGAACGCCUUGACAAAGGACGGCUGGAACAAAAGCCACUUCCAGCCCACGGUGACGGCAACUCCUAAAGCAACCAAGAACGGCAAGCCGGGCUAUGACGACACCACUCUACCCUUGAUGGAGAAGAACCAAGGCACCAGGAAAUGUGGCAGUGGUGAUAUGAUACCUAUGGAUGAGCUGGGUCCAGAUGGUUACUCCACCAUUGACCAGAGGGACAAGGACUGCAAAUACAAGACAGCCGACAGCUCAGUGGACCUGACAGAACGGGAACCAUUAAAGAAUGACACAAAUAGGAAACACUAUAUCAGGAGUAACAGGCCUGCGGUCAGUCUGGUGGACGCUUGUGAUGUUAAGCCCCAGCCUGUUGACUCCUGGGUCUAAAUGCAUGCAUGGCUUAAUAUAACAACAGUGCAACAUCCCAGCUAGAGGAGGAUCUCUCAUAUCACCACUGCCAUUUCACAUGGAGCUCAUCUUUGGAGUUGGACUUUGUACAGAAAAGAGGAUUUAAAAAAAAUACUCACAGCAGCGACUACCCAGCAGCAGCCAGCACUCUCAUGCUUUUCAGAAAAAAAAACAAAAAACAAAAAAAAAUAAAAAGUGACUACUCCCACUACUUUCUCAUAUCUACAUUCCCACUGGACAACCAUGUGAAUUUUACAGUGUUGACUCUUGUUGAGCUCUACCAGUGACAAGAAACGGACAGAGGCCGGUGCUGGUGAAGAAAUGGACGUGCGAAGGGAGGAGGAAGUGAAUGGAAAAGGAACGUGUGUUGGAAGGAAACCUGUGCCAGAAGAAAUGACAAAUUGACUUUUCAGUUUUCACAUCUGGAAGACUCAAAUUCUGUGGGCUUUUGGUUGAAUUUGACUUUCAGUUUGUUGUCAAGCUUUGGUAUUUUUGAUGUGAACAGGUUUGAACUGGUGUGUUUGAAGGUCACUGAAUGUUGGUUUUCAGUUUGGUGCGAUGGACACGAGAAAAGGAAAGUAAAAGUGAAGAAACCGAGCCUGAGAAGAGAAAAGAAGAGAAGAGAAGAGCUGUAGCAUAGUGGAUAAACACACACUCCCAGCAGUAUGCUCUCAUGAACUUACAAUCCAUUUGGUUCACUGUGUUUAAACAAAAAAAAAAAAAAAACUGCACUGAGAUGCUUUGAAAUCAAAAGUGGUUAACAGGUGAUUGAUGUCCAUUUUAUAAAGCGAGGAGUCUGCAAGUAGUGGUCUGGAGAAAGGAAAGUGACAUGGUGUGUACAUCUGAUGGAGUAACAGUUUGUGUUCACACUGUAUCGCUGUUUCAUCAUGGUCAACAUGCUGCUGUAUGAGCCAAGGGGCAUGUUGACCCCGCUCACAGAGCUGUGGUUACAUGUGUAACCACUCAGGUUGCGUAGCGACGCGGUUCCUGGUUGGUUGCUCUUUGUCAAUGAUGUGUAUUAAAGAGGAUACAAGGCAUUUUGUUUAUAAAUGAUUUGUGUUUUUGAGAAAAAGAGAGGCAGAGGAUUGUUCUCUUGAUGAAAGGAUAGAUCUAAAAGCAUUUUUUAUUUUUGUUGGGUUUUAUAUAAGUGUAUAUUAGGGUCAAAAGGAAAAAAAUGGAAAAAAAUGAAGGAGAAAAAAAACAAACAAAAAAUUACCAACUUCUUAGUUGUAUAUUAAUAUCACAUUGUUUGGAAAGCACAUCUCAUUUGAUAAAGGCUCACCAUGUUUGUAAGCAAGAAAUAACCACGUAACUUAAAUGUAUGUCAAAUAUUGUCGAGUUACGCCGACGAUCACCUAUUUAUAUUUUGUAUUGUCAAAAAAAAAGUUACAGAAAAAAAAGUUUAUCUGCAGUGUUCUUUCUAAAGGCGAUGGAUACAUGUUGUCCCACAGCCCCUGCAUCUUGGAAAUAGAGACUCUGGAGGGGUCAGGGGACGAGACAGAGGUAAUGGGAUAGACAAGAGAUGACGGUGUUAACAAAAGUCCCUUCAUUUAUCUUCCCGCUGCAUUCAGACUAAGCUACGGACAACCCCGAACCCUCCUUCACCGGUGCAUCUUAAAGAGAAAUAUCCUGUCAUGAGCAUGAAGAAAAAGUGUACAAAUGUUCAUAUUAUAUUCUUUCCAAGUGCCAGUUUUUUGUGGUGUCAUUUGGAUAUUAACUAAUUCAUUCACGUGCAGGAAGAGAGUGCAGGUGGACAUGUAGAUGUGAUGUGGUUCCAGGAAGAAUCAAAGAGUUGCAUCACACUGUACAAAAACAAAACAUCAAGUAUGAUCAUAUAGUAUAUAUUUUUACAACGUUUUAGGGCGAGCAGAAGAGAUGUAGAAAAGCAGAGAGAUGCAGAAUCAUAUUGCCAUUUUUCUCUUGCUUGGUGAGACCGCACAUGAAUUUCAGUGGUAAUGUGUACAGUCUCAGUCGGUCUCGUGAAUCAGCUCAAUUAAGAGAUGGAAAUCCAAUCCAAAUUGGUGUCACUCAUGCGUCAUCUAGGUGAACGGCAUGUGCCUGCAUUGAAGUCUGACUUUUCUUUGUGACGUGACUUUAUAAAGCUUGCAUAUUUUACACAGUGUUUACAAAGAUGUACGUUGUGGUAAAAAUCAAUAAACUACAAAAAAAAAAAAACAACUUACUGUAUAAAUUUUAAUUCCAGAGGUUAAAAAGUUAUAAUAAUACCCAGCAUCCCUUUUGUGUAUCCUCAGAAGUGUGUGCUUUCAUUGGACUAUACUGAACCCUCGCAACAAAUAACCACAUGACUGUCUAUUCCUGACUGCGCUCCGCAGUACCACAACCAAAGGAUCUGGAGUUGUAUUUACAUGCAUUCAAAAAAAUGGGUUUUUUGGUUUUGUGGAUGUACGGCACAUUGUACAUUUACAAAAUAAAGAGCCAAGUAACUGUGCUGUAAAAUAAAUGCAGGACACGGACACACAUCCAAUCGAACGAACCUACCUGUAGAUAUAACUGAUUCAAGACAGUCAAAAUUAAGUAACUGUACUACUCAGUAGCAGAUGUGUUUGUACCUAUCAUGUGCCUUAACCUUUUCCAUGGUAGAUAAAGAUAAGUGUGUUUUAUAUAACUUUAUUCCUCCCCUUCAACUGUCAUCUCUCCAUCCCGUCUGUUCACCUCCUCCCCUCUCCUCCUGUGUCAACCUCCCUCCCUUUUUACAUCCACUCAACUCACUCAUUCAUUCACCUACAUCCUUCCUCUCCAACCCCCCACCACCACCACCACCCCCCAACUUCCCCCAACCCCAAGUAGUUAAGACUGUUGGUGGGUUUCUGCCUUGUAUUACAUUGUAUUAUAAACUUUUAAAAAAGAUAGUCAUUCGAAAAUGGGUUUUGAUUUCCUAGAGGAGUAAAGUUGUUAAUGCUUUCGUAGCGAGCAGAAGCGAUGCCACAGUGACAGAAUGUAUUAUGUUAAUUUUACUAAUACCCAGAGGCAAAUAUUACGCUUGUUAAACAUAACGGAAAAAUACUGGUUUGUAGAGUAUAAAUUUGGUGUGUUUUCAAUAAACCAUGCCUGGAAAGAA